AUGGCUGCGAAAGAAAACCCCUGCCGGAAAUUUCAGGCGAACAUUUUCAAUAAAAGCAAGUGUCAGAAUUGCUUCAAGCCUCGCGAGUCGCACCUGCUGAACGACGAAGAUUUGAACCAGGCCAAGCCUAUUUAUGGUGGAUGGCUUCUACUAGCGCCCGAAGGCACGGAUUUUGACAACCCUGUGCAUCGCUCCCGGAAAUGGCAACGCCGCUUCUUCAUCCUCUACGAGCAUGGUCUUCUCCGCUAUGCCUUGGACGAGAUGCCCACCACUUUGCCACAAGGAACCAUCAACAUGAACCAGUGUACAGAUGUUGUGGAUGGAGAGAAUCGGACCGGACAGAAGUUCUCGCUGUGCAUCUUGACACCCGAGAAGGAACACUUCAUCCGAGCUGAGAACAAGGAAAUCAUAAGUGGGUGGUUGGAGAUGCUGGUGGUCUACCCAAGGACGAACAAGCAGAAUCAAAAGAAGAAAAGGAAAGUGGAGCCCCCAACGCCACAGGAGCCUGGCCCAGCGAAGGUGGCGGUGACCAGCAGCAGCAUCCCUGGUGCGGAGAAGAUCCCCACCACCAAGUCCACCCUUUGGCAAGAAGAGCUGAGAGGCAAAGACCAGGUGGAUGGGAAUGUGGGCAUCAGCUCAGCCCCUGGCUCUCUGCAAGGCCAGGUGCCUCCAGCGUGUUCCUUGAAGGACUCCAUCCUGGAGAGCAAAGAAGAGGAUGCUGCGGUGAACGGCGACCGCAGUGACUGCGGGCGGAAGACGAGGGUGGAAAGCGGCUACUUUUCCUUGGAGAAGACCAAGCAGGAGGUCAAGGCAGAGGAGCACCAGAUGCCGAACCUGCCCUCCCCGCCGAGCCCCUGCACGCCCAACCACAGGCGGUCCCAAGUAAUUGAAAGAUUUGAAGCAUUGGAUAUUGAGAAUGCAGAACAGAUGGAAAUCAAUGCUUCCUCGGGUCUCUCCAGUGAAACUCGGCAGGGCAGGAGCGAAAAAAGGGUUUUCCCUAGGAAACGGGAUUUACUUGCUGAAACAGCAAGUGGGACCAUCAUGGACGUGUCAGCUUCUCCUUUGUCUCCACACCGGAGAGCAAAAUCGUUGGACAGAAGGUCUACAGAAUCCUCCAUGACUCCAGAUUUGCUGAACUUCAAAAAGGGAUGGCUGACAAAACAGGAGGAAGAUGGGCAGUGGAAGAAGCACUGGUUUGUGCUGACGGAUCAGAGCCUAAGAUACUACCGGGAUUCAGUGGCAGAGGAGGCAGCCGAUCUGGAUGGGGAAAUUGACUUGUCGACGUGUUUUGAUGUCACGGAAUACUCCGUCCAGCGAAACUAUGGUUUCCAGAUCCAUACUAAAGAAGGCAAAUUUAUUCUUUCUGCUAUGACAUCUGGAAUCCGCCGGAACUGGAUCCAAACCAUUAUGAAACAUGUUCGUCCCACAGUCGCUCCAGACGUGACCAGCUCUCUGCCAGAGGAGAAGAGCAAAAAUGGAACCUCCUUUGAGGCUUGUCCCAAGCCAAGUGAGAAGCAGGAGACAGAGCAAGCCGAGAUUGACCUCGAAUACAAGCGCAGUCGAGCCAGGGAACGACGACGAGAAGGUCGCUCCAAAACCUUUGACUGGGCUGAGUUCCGCCCCAUCCAGCAAGUCCUGGCUCAGGAGCGAGCCAAUUUGGCUGAGACUCUGAAGGACACUUCCACUCCGUUCUCCAAGGAGCCCGGCCCUUCAGAGGCAGACCCCGGGGAACUGGAGCGAGAACGUGCCCGCCGAAGAGAGGAGCGAAGGAAGCGCUUUGAACACCUGGAUGCUACUGAUGGGGGAAGCCCAGAAGACCUCUCCAGGAUGGAGGUGGAUAGGCUUUCGGGGUUGCCUGCCACUUCGGAGGCCAAGCCCCAAAGCGUCCAUGUGGAGAUCGAGCAGAGGUGGCAUCAGGUGGAGACCACUCCUCUGCGGGAGGAGAAGCAGGUCCCCAUUGCCCCGCUACAUCUUCCUCACCCGGAGGAGAAUGGAGAGAUGCUCCAUAAGCAGCAGCUGACUGUGUUGCUGGAAAAGGAGCUGGAACAGAGUCAAAAGGCAGCUUCCGAGCUCUUGGAACAGAACCGUGCCCUACAAGACCAGCUCAAAGUAGCUCUGGGACGCGAACAAAGUGCUCGAGAAGGUUACGUCCUACAGGCAACGUGUGAACGGGGGUUUACAGCCAUGGAAGAGACCCACCAGAAGAAGAUUGAGGACUUGCAGAGGCAACAUCAGCGAGAACUGGAGAAGCUGAGAGAGGAGAAGGACCGUUUGCUGGCUGAGGAAACGGCCGCCACUAUCUCCGCCAUAGAAGCCAUGAAGAACGCUCACCGGGAGGAACUUGAACGGGAGUUGGAAAAAACCCAGCGCUCCCAAAUUAGCAGCAUCAAUUCAGACAUAGAAGCUCUGCAGAGACAAUACUUGGAGGAGUUGCAGUCAGUCCAGCGGGAACUGGAAGUCCUUUCAGAACAAUAUUCGCAGAAGUGCUUGGAAAACGCCCACCUGGCCCAGGCUUUGGAGGCGGAGAGGCAGGCCCUCCGACAAUGCCAGCGGGAGAACCAGGAACUCAACGCGCACAAUCAGGAGCUGAACAACCGCCUGGCUGCAGAGAUCACCCGACUACGGACAUUGCUAACUGGGGAAGGUGGCAUGGAAACGGCCCUCUCUCCUCUCACCCAAGGCAAGGAUGCCUAUGAGUUAGAGGUCCUGUUGAGAGUUAAGGAAUCAGAAAUCCAGUACUUGAAACAAGAGAUCAGCUCUUUGAAAGAUGAAUUGCAAACAGCAUUGAGGGAUAAAAAAUAUGCCAGUGAUAAAUACAAAGACAUCUACACAGAGCUCAGCAUCGUCAAAGCCAAGGCAGACUGCGACAUCAGCAGAUUGAAAGAGCAGCUGAAGGCAGCCACCGAAGCCCUGGGAGAAAAAUCUCCAGAAAGUAGCACCGUGUCCGGAUACGAUAUUAUGAAAUCGAAAAGCAAUCCUGAUUUCUUGAAGAAGGAAAGGACCAGCAUUGGCCGGCAACUAAGAAAUAUCAGGUCAAAGAGUCUGAAGGAAGGUUUGACGGUGCAGGAACGCCUGAAGCUCUUUGAAUCCAAGGAGUUGAAGAAAGACUAAU